CCUGGGGCGAUGUGGGAAGGUUAUUAUAAAGUUAUGCACAGGAGUACGUGGUAGGCGUCAAAGGGUUUCAGCUUUUAGUGACUCAUGAUCUACGAAAGAGGCGUGGAAACCUGUCUUCCCACUCUCUCUCUCUCUCUCUUGCUCUUUCUCUGUCAUUCAUACCCACAGCAAGUUCACAGCACAGCAGAGGCAGUAUUCAAAAAUCACCUGAGGAACUUUUUCUGUUUACUUUCUCUUUUUGUUUUUAUAUUCACAAAGACUUUCAUUCAGGUGGACCCAGGAGCUGCUACCUUUUUUUUUUUUUUGAAGCAGUAAAGAGGAACAGUGUCUGAUUACGUUCCUGAGAGAGACUCUUUCAAGAGUCUCAUCUUCUCUGCAGUUUUCUUUCUGUCUGCUCUUCUCAUUUAGUCCCACACCUCUUACUUUGCUUCAAUACGUUGUUGUGAGGGAGAAUGUCAAGGACCCGCUGUGGUGCUUGUGUUGUUUUAUGGAUGUUUUCCUUAGUGGCGUGUAAGGUUCCAGAGGUUCGUGUGACCUGCAUCUUCUCUGAAGACUGCCUUCUUCCCUGUUCUUUCACGCCGUCUGAUGGUGAUGUGAAGAUCCAGUGGUACCAGCAGGAGGCGCUCAUACUCAGUUUACGGCAGACGGGACAGAGGCUCAGCAAUGGCAGUGUGUGGCUGUCCAGCGACAGAGUCUCUGAUGGCAACGCAUCUCUGCUUGUUCAAAAAGUAGAUACGAGGACUAAAGGACGCUACAAAUGUGUGGUCAACAAUGUAACCGUGACAUAUGUUCUUGCAACAGUGGAAGCUCCAAUCAGGUCGAUCUCCAUUGACAUCAAUCCCUCUGGCCUGAUUCAGUGCUCUACUAAAGACGUCUACCCAGCACCGGUGCUGCACUGGAGCUCAAAACCCAGGUUAACUUCCCUGCAGGCCAUCACCCGCAUGGUUCCUGCCGACAAGGGCCUCUUUACAGUAGAGAGCACCCUAAAACAGCAGAACAACAGCCUUGAUCAUAUUUAUGUAUGUAACAUCACCUCCAAAUACGGAACACAGUCAUGGACAGCUUCAUUACAGCUGCAAGAAAUUUCCGGCUCUGAAGGAAAAGACUUGGUUAUUCCAUGUAAAGCUCCCAAGAACCUUCAGUCCUUCUCUGUCGUCUGGACUUUUACGGCAGCAGAUAAAACCACAGAUAUCCUAACGUACGACAGCCGGACUCAUAAAUCCAGCAGCUCCUGGGAUCACGUGGAAAUAGAGGAGGACGACGCUUUGAAAGGGGAUGUUUCACUAACCCUGGAGAAGCCUGUCGGCUCAGAACAUUCUGGAAUCUACACAUGUGCCUUCUUAGGAGCAAACACACGGCAUCUGACACAGAGCCGUGUUGUUAUUUCAUCCUCCAGGCAGGGGAAAGAUUCCCUUAAAUAUAAUCUGUGGAUGUUGGGUAUCGUCGCAGGAUUAAUCGCUCUUCUUGCAGUCGCUUUAAUUAUAAAAAGAUACAGAGCAAAGUCAAAAAGAAAACAAGAAAGUAUUCAAGAGGAUGCGGAAAUGCAAAGCAUGAACCCAGAUAAAACAUCAGAAGAGCCACACGCAGGAAGUCAAUUAUGACACAGCCUUCAGGUUCUCACAGUUAGCCAUGGAGAAAAGAGAGCAAAAUAUUAUUAUGAGAGAGAAACCGGUAUGAAAUACAAGUUGGAAGACCAGCUGAUGGGACUUUAUUUCUAUACAGUCUUCUUUAUUUCUUAUUUGUGAGAAAAAGUUUGGUAAAAUGACAUAAGAAAACAUUUUAAUGUAUUUUUUAACUGUACUUUGAGUAAAUAUUUUUGCAUAAUUUAUUUUGAAAAAU